AUGCACCUAUCGUACGUCGUGCUCGUAGCUAUUGUGGCACUCUCCGCUAGCACUGAGGUCACACGUACCGCCCUCGCAAACUCAGUCCAGACCAAGACAUCCACCAUCUCGCUGUACAGCCCCACCACCGAAAGUUACAGAUUCCUACGAGCUCGCAAAAAUGAAGACGCAUCAGAUGAAGAGCGUGGUAUAUCAAACGUAGCGAGAAUCAAGGAGAAAAUCUUCAAGCUUAAAAUGAAGAUCGCGAUGCCAAGUAUCAAAAAGGUUUUGGCAGGCGUAGUGGGAGACCUAUUCAAGUGA